UUGCCAGAGAAGAAGAGUGCGAAUCCGUUGAAGCCCCAUCGUUAGUUACCUAACGGUACCAGGGGCGGAAGCAAGGUGUAACAUUUUCAUCGUCGGCUAACUUCUGGAAAUUUUUGCCAAACGCGACCUCGCAACCCGUAGUUCGCGUAACACGCCGGAGACUUAGCAGGACGGUUAGUAGCACCACAGAGCGAGGCAUGCAGGCGGUUGUCACGAAUUCGCCUCCUCCAUACUCCAUAUAUUUUUAGCGCGGUCUGACUCUGACCGGAAUAGUCGCGUCUGAGCUGUUGAACGCCGUGGCUUCACGAUAGGAUAAAGGUGGAGGUUCAGCAGAACGGGGCCGUGUCCGAGUGAGGCGCUUAGCCUUAGCUCACUGCACCUGAGGCGUUCGCCAAGCAAGUUGUUUGAGGGGGCGCUCGCGCGCCGUUUCCCGCGCGCCCGUAGCCUAGGGUGAGCGGGUGAGCCGCGUGCACGGCGGCGACGCUGAAAGUUACCGCUGCGACCGAGAAGACCAGCUGUCUGCGUGAACGCGCGCGAAGAGAAGAGAGAGAGAGGGUGGGCGAAUAGCCGGGUGCGCGCCUUCCCUCUCAGCGCAGCGGAGCCGGGCCAUGACCAGGCUGCCGUGCUCUCAGCCCAGGGGGGUCACAUCGUCACACCUCCAUGCUGCACGAGGCUCUUCUUCUUGACCUCAUACGUAAAUAUGGACAUCUUUCUAGGUGCUGACGUAGUCCGCUAUAUGUGUGCAGCUGUCGGUCCACGCGGGAUAUGAGUCGUGUGCCAAAGGUAACACGGCGCGCUAGUCCAGACUAGAGAAGCUCGUCCCUCGCCUCGUGCGUGUACAGGGGCAGGUGAGCGGCCCCCAUCAUCAUGCCUUCCGCGCUCGCCGUGUUCACGUGCCGCCCGAAUUCGCACGCCUUCCAGGAGCGCCAUGUGUACCUGGACGAGCCGGUGCGGAUCGGGCGCUCGGUGGCGCGCUGCCGCCCGACGCUCAACAACGCCACGUUCGACUGCAAGGUGCUGUCCAGGAACCACGCGCUGGUCUGGUUCGACCGCAAGAUGGCCAAGUUCUACCUCCAAGACACCAGGAGCAGCAACGGCACCUUCGUGAACAGCCAGCGCUUGAGCCGUGGAUCAGAGGAGAGUCCGCCCUGCGAGGUCCUCUCUGGUGAUGUCAUCCAGUUUGGGGUGGAUGUGACUGAGAACACUCGCAAAGUCACCCAUGGAUGCAUUGUGUCUGUAGUCAAGCUGUUUCUUCCUGACGGUGUAGAAGCUCCAAGACGAUCGGAUGUAACUCCAAUACCAUUGGCGCUUCCUGUGGACAAGGUCACUGCCAGUACGCCCAGCAUGUGCUCUCAGGAGCUAUUCCAGCUGUCUCAGUAUCUGCAGGAGGCCUUGCACCGGGAGCAGAUGCUGGAGCAGAAGCUGGCCACACUACAGCGGCUCCUGACCAAAACUCAGGAAGCUUCCAAGGGCAGCUGGCAGGCUUUGAUUGAUGAAGACCGGCUGCUGUCUCGGCUGGAAAUGAUGGGAAGCCAGCUGCAGGUGUAUUCCAAGAGCCAGACAGAAGAUAGCCUGCGGAGGGAGCUUGAGGCCCUGCAGGAGGAUAAGCACAAGUAUGAGACCACUGCCAAAGAGUCUCUGAGGCGGGUCCUUCAGGAGAAGAUGGAGGUGGUCCGUAAGCUCUCGGAAGUGGAGAGGAGCCUCAGCAACACAGAAGAUGAAUGUACCCACCUGAGGGAGAUGAGUGAAGCUGCACACAAGGACCUGAGAGAACUGGCCAGCAAGUACAAUGGGGCACUGAAGGAGGGCAGAGAGCUCGCGGAGAAGCUGAAGCUAGCAGAGAAACACCAGGAGGAAUUGGCACAGAGCAGUCAGCGAGAGAAGGCGGCCCUUCAGCUCCACAUCGCCGCCCUGGAGGAGAGGGAGCAGACACUGCAGGCUCGCAUAGAGGCCCUGCAGGCUGACAAUGACUUCACCAAUGAGCGCCUCACUGCCUUGAAUGUUCGUUUAGAGCAGCUCCAAGAAAAAAGCCUGAAGGGGAACAGUUUGGAGAACCUGCUUUUAAAAAGCGGAGGAGACUGUACUUUCAUCCAGCAGUUCAUCGAGUACCAGCGUCCCUUCCCUCCUCAAAAUGGUAUCUUCCAUCUCCCCUCGGAGAAUCGGAUAGAUGUUAAAGAGUCAGCUACGUCAGACACGCUCAGUCUCAGCAAGGAUAAAAGCAGUGAAGACACUACAGACGAACAAAUGGACAACCAAGAGCUGAAUGAGUCUUUCAGUCAGGUCACACUUGUUAAAGAUGAACUGCAGCACUCGGACCAGGAGCCUGUGGAUGCAACGCAGGUGAUCCAAAACCUGCAAGGGGAGCUGUGUGAAGCCCAGGAGCUUGCGAACACCAGCCAGCAGAAAUGUAUGGACCUGCAAGCUGCUUUGGAAGAAGAAAGAAGGAUGAGUCGAAAGCAGAUGGAAGACUCUGCGAGGCAAAUACACACUCUCCAAGCCCAGCUCCACAAACUUCAGGUUGACAUGGAGGAGCUGCAGGAGCAGAAGGAGAAUGCCAUAGCUGAUGUGAGAGAGGAGCUGUGCGCUGCACAGGAGGAGGCGCUUACGCUCCGCCGCGCGGUGCAGGCUGCUGCCGCUGAGCGGGACCACGAGAUUGCUGCCAUGCAGAAGGAGCUGGGCACGGUGACGGCUGAGCUGGAGAAGUGGCGAAAGGCUGCCACCUCUUAUGAGCUCGAGAUUGGCCAUCUGCAGAGUAGCCUCCAGCAACAGAGUCGGCAGUGCCAGAGGGCUGUGGAGCUUGAAGGUGAACUGGAGAAGCUGCAGGCAGAAUGUCUGAGCCUGCAGCAGGAGUGUGCGGACCUGCGCUCCGAGAAGGAAAACCUUCUCAAGAGGCUGCAGGAGCUUGAGACGGAGCUAAUAGGGUCUCAAGAGCAGAGCGCCUCCCUUAGCAGCAGCCUGCAGACCCUGGAGAAAUCCAGGGGGGAGCUGGAGAACUCGCUGGGUUCCCUGGAGGAGCAGCAUCGGCACAGCACAGCCAAGCUCCAGGCCCAGCUGGCUCAGGCCCAGAGCAGGACCAAGGACUUGCAGAAGGAGUAUGAAGAAACUCAGACUCUGCUCUCGAGCCUGAAGGAGCGCAUUGAGCAAACGGAGCAGGAGAAGCAGUCCAUUAGCGAUGAGCUCCAGCAGUGCAGGUCUGACCUGAAGCAGCUGCAGGACAAGGGAGGCAAUAGAAGCUGGGCUCCCUGGAUGUCGGCAGUUGCAGUGAUAGUCGCUGUGACCGUGGGAGUGCUUUACCCAGGCCUGGUCAAGAGCUCUGCUUGAGAUGUCUUCUGUCACUAUUCACGUACUACCAGAUUGCUCCUGUCCAUCCAGCCACAGCCCUUAUUUCCGGACCCGAGCCACAACUCCAUUGCUUCUUGUUCUGAAUUGGGCACUGUUUGAGAGUAGAACUGCAAACUCAUUGCUGUAUUUAUUAUAGGAGAAAGAGAGUGAGAGUAAAUAAAAUUUUACAUGACUAGA